GAAUAAUUAGCUUAAGAGAGAAAAUGCAUAAAUGCAAGUCAUUUCAAAGAGAAUACAUCACACACAAACACAAAUGUUGUCACCAAUAUUUGCACUAUAAAUAGCCAAUAAAAACUGUUGCUUGUCAUCAGUUCAUUCAGCUCCAUUGCAAAGAACACAUUAAAAAAAACACCAAAAACAAAAUGAAAUUCCUGGUUUGUUUGGCUCUCUUCAUUGCUGCCGCCUCAGCUGGUGUUGUAGCUCCACUCACCUCCACCUAUAGCGCUGCAGCUUUACCAGCUGUUGCAACCUAUGCUGCUGCUCCAGCCUAUACUACCUAUUCAGCUGCUGUUCCAGCUUACUCUUCUGUAUACUCUGCUGUUCCCGCCUAUACUUCUUACUCUUCGGCCUAUUCUGCUCCCGUUGUGUACUCUAGCUCGUUUUUGAAGAAAUAAUAAGGUGAAUUGUUGUUUUGUUGACUUGGAUUUUGUAUUCUUUGAGAUUGGAAUAAUUCGGAACUGGUUUAUAUAAUAAUAAAAAAAUAAAUUGAAAAUGUGAAUAAAAAUUAAAAGCAAAAUAGAAA